UAACACAGGGAGUAUUUGGUGUAUAUAUCCCUAAGCAGCUACCUCGCCACCCAAGUAGAACAUUCAGAUGUGCCUGUGCCACGCCGAGACAAUGCCUCAGAGACGAACGCGAAAAGGUAGCCAAGAAGAAGGCCAAGAAGAAGGCCAGCCAAGCAGAGAGCAAAGUCAGAUGCUUCAAAGGAAAAAAGAGUUAUUCAUUCAGCAAUUUGAAAAGGAAGCACAAGCUCGGCUGAAUGAAAUGGAAUCAAAUUUGCUGCAAUUGUUGGCGACUGUCGACCGGGCAUUUAAAGUUUUAAUUAUGAAGUCGCCACAGUCCCUUUUGAAUACACUACUGAAGGACGUAAUAGUUUCAGCUGACGACGAUCCAGUUGGAGAAGUCACAAUUGCUGUCGGGGCACAGUCUCCUGAUAUACUCAAACCUCUCACUAGAAAACCUUCCAAAAAAGCUAUGAGUGAAGCAGCCACACAGAGAACCACACAAAACAAGAGGGCAACAGGUGGACCUGAGAAAAGGAGCAAGACCAGGUCCAUGGAUGCCAGUGAUGGAAAACCUCUGAGGUGUGCUACCACUGGUGCGAAAAGAACUCAGUCCCGUAUUGUCAAUCUCGGCGACCAGUCUCGGCCCAAAGCCAUCAGGUCUAUUGCAAGAUCGAUCAGCGAUGCUGGCAAAUCUCUUCCCAGCAAUGUAGCAGUUAUCACAACUUCCCUGGGAGAGACACUUUUGCUAAGUGAAGAAACUAAAGAUGACUUCAACUUGGCGAAGGUGGAUGAUGUAGCAAUCAUCCAUAUGGAGAGAUUACGGGAUUUGAUAAACCACUUUUGCAACAAAGUGAAGACUAUAUAGUUACUACUUGUGCUUUUUAAGUAUGUCAUUUUGAAUGUAACCAAAUAAAGUAAUUAUUUUAAACAUA